GACAGCCCUGACAACAUGCCAGGAUGAGUUGAGCGACUGUAUGCUACAGAUAAAGGGAGUGAAGGGACGCUACGAGAGAGAGCUGGAGACAAAAGCUAAAGAAGUAGAACAUGAAGACCUUCACCUUGCUUUUAUUUCCUGUGAAACACUUACAACAUUCCAGACACAUUGUGUGAUAUCUGUGGGUGGGAUGUUGUAGUCUGGUCCCAGAUCUGUUUUUGCUCCCUUGCCAACUCCUUGUCACUUUUUCUCAAGCUGAACAUGACAAUGUGUGGCAUGACCAUUCCACAAGGAGUGGGCAGGAGAGCAGACUGGCACUGAGGAAUUUGGGAACAAUGUGAAGGAUAUGAGACCCAAAAAAUUCUAGGAUGUGAAACAAAAAUGUAAAUACAUUUCCAACUUGUGAAGUGUAUGGAUGAAGACUAGUGAAGUUCAAACAGGCAGUUCCAGUGUACUCUGUCCCCAGGUGGAGGCUCUGCAGGCAGAGAUGAGGGGUAGCUCUCUGGUGUGUCAGAGCUCCAGUGAGCAAAACAUGCAGCUGCAGCACACCGUCCAGAGACAGCAGACCAUGCUGCAGGAGAGCACCUCCCGUGUGGCGGAGCUAGAGGACAGACAGGCGCUGUUACUGGAGCAGGUGGGCCGCUUGGAGAAGGACCUGGAGAAAGAGAAGGUGUUAGCCUUCAAAGAGCUGAAGAGGAGAGACCAGAGAGCCCAGGAGGCCAUAGAGGGACUGCAGGAGGCUAGUCAGCAGGCAGCGAGACAUGAGAGAGAAGCCCUGCAACUCUCCAACUCUGUCACGCAGUUGUCUGAGGACAUGAAUAAGGUUCAGGGAGAGCUGAGUGAGCGAGAGCAGCAGAUGCUGCUUAUACGGAGAGACAGCGACACCAAGGCCUUACAGCUCUCUAAGAUGGAGAAGAUGCUAGCUGAGACCAGAGAAAAGCUGGACAAGAAGACAGAGUCUGUCCAGGAUCUGGAGGAGAAGGUGCGUUUCGCCAGGAAGGACAGGAGGAACUCCCUGCACCGCACCCAGCUGCUGGAGAGCCAGAUGAAGACGGUGAAGGGAGAGCUGGUGGACACACUGGACCACCUGCAGGAGCUACGAGACCGGUUGGGACGCUCACAGGCCAACGCAGAGCAGCGCAAAGUUGACAUGGAGAAACUGCAAGCAGGGAUGAGAUGGCGCCGAAAGAGAUGGUCGCCUCGCUUCGAGUCCUUGUUUUUUUUAGGUAUUAUUUCUUAUAUUGUUAGCCCAGAAAACCUUAAGUGUUAUCACAUACAACCGGGAAGAACUAUUGGAUAUAAGAGCAAUGUCAAUUUAUAAACAUUACAACCACGACUUUCCCGAAGCGCAUCCUCUGUUCGGACCACAACCCAGGACAUUGGAUCUAAUCCCAGAGGCCGACCCAAAACAAUGUCGCCGCAUAAGGGGUACCCGGAGCGGCCUCCUGGUCAGACUUCGGACGUGCACACCACCCACCACUUCUGAGUAGAUUACUCACCAAUGUCCAGUCUCUAGACUACAAGGUGGAUGAAAUAAGGUAGUUGUUAGAAUGUUAGAUUACUUGUUAGAUAUUACUGCAUGGUCGGAACUAAAAGCACAAGCAUUUCGCUACAUUCGCAUUAACAUCUGCUAACCAUGUGUAUGUGACCAAUAAAAUUUGAUUUGUUUUGAACUUUCAGAUCUU